GGCCAAGGAGGGCGCGCUCAGGUCACGUGCGCCGGUGGUCAGCGCGCGCAUUGCCUGCCCCGGAAGUGGUCGGCGCGCGGCGCGGAGCGCCUGGGCGCUAAGAUGGCGGCGGCGUGAGUUGCAUGUUGUGUGAGGAUCCCGGGGCCGCCGCGUCGCUCGGGCCCCGCCAUGGCCGUCACCAUCACGCUCAAAACGCUGCAGCAGCAGACCUUCAAGAUCCGCAUGGAGCCUGACGAGACGGUGAAGGUGCUAAAGGAGAAGAUAGAAGCUGAGAAGGGUCGUGAUGCCUUCCCCGUGGCUGGACAGAAACUCAUCUAUGCCGGCAAGAUCUUGAGUGACGAUGUCCCUAUCAGGGACUAUCGCAUCGAUGAGAAGAACUUUGUGGUUGUCAUGGUGACCAAGACCAAAGCCGGCCAGGGUACCUCAGCACCCCCAGAGGCCUCACCCACAGCUGCCCCAGAGUCCUCUACAUCCUUCCCGCCUGCCCCCACCUCAGGCAUGUCCCAUCCCCCACCUGCCGCCAGAGAGGACAAGAGCCCAUCGGAGGAAUCCGCCCCCACGACGUCCCCAGAGUCUGUGUCAGGCUCUGUUCCCUCUUCAGGUAGCAGCGGGCGAGAGGAAGACGCGGCCUCCACGCUAGUGACGGGCUCUGAGUAUGAGACGAUGCUGACGGAGAUCAUGUCCAUGGGCUAUGAGCGGGAGCGGGUUGUGGCCGCCCUGAGAGCCAGCUACAACAACCCCCACCGAGCCGUGGAGUAUCUGCUCACGGGAAUUCCUGGGAGCCCCGAGCCGGAACACGGUUCUGUCCAGGAGAGCCAGGUAUCCGAGCAGCCGGCCACGGAAGCAGCAGGAGAGAACCCCCUGGAGUUCCUGCGGGACCAGCCCCAGUUCCAGAACAUGCGGCAGGUGAUUCAGCAGAACCCUGCGCUGCUGCCCGCCCUGCUUCAGCAGCUGGGCCAGGAGAACCCUCAGCUUUUACAGCAAAUCAGCCGGCACCAGGAGCAGUUCAUCCAGAUGCUGAACGAGCCCCCUGGGGAGCUGGCGGACAUCUCAGAUGUGGAGGGGGAGGUGGGCGCCAUAGGAGAGGAGGCCCCGCAGAUGAACUACAUCCAGGUGACGCCGCAGGAGAAAGAAGCUAUAGAGAGGUUGAAGGCCCUGGGCUUCCCAGAGAGCCUGGUCAUCCAGGCCUAUUUCGCGUGUGAAAAAAAUGAGAACUUGGCUGCCAACUUCCUCCUGAGUCAGAACUUUGAUGACGAGUGAUGCCAGGAAGCCAGGCCACCUAAGCCCCCACUCUACCCUUAUUCCUUGAAAGUUUUAUAAAAGAAAAAAUAUAUAUAUAUUCAUGUUUAUUUAAGAAAUGGAAAAAAAAAUCAAAAAUCUUAAAAAAAAAAACAAACAGUCCAGCUUCCUGUCCUCCUAAAGUGGCCCCUGUUCCCAUCUCACUCUGAGAAGACCCGGGCCAGACAGCUGUCCCCCUGUCUCCUCCCCAGCCCAGCCUGCUCAGAGAAGCUGGCAGGACUGGGAGGCGACAGAUGGGCCCCUCUUGGCCUCUGUCCCAGUUCUCUGCAGCCAGAUGGAAAGGCGGCUGCUUGCCUCUCCAUCCUCUGAAGAACCCCUGAGGACCCCCCCAACCCCAUCCUCUUCUAGGAUGAGGGGAAGCUGGAGCCCCAAACUUUGAUCCUCCAUUGGGGUGGCCCAAAUCUUUCCAUCUAGGGCAAGUCCUGAAAGGCCCAAGGCCCCCUCCCCAGUCUGGCCUUGGCCUCCAGCCUGGAGAAGGGCUAACAUCAGCUCAUUGUCAAGGCCACCCCCACCCCAGAACAGAACCGUGUCUCUGAUAAAGGUUUUGAAGUGAAUAAAGUUUUAAAAACCA